UUCUUUCAUUCUCCAACCUAAAUAAAAAUUCUCUCUUAUUUUCUUUUCCUCGCCGAUCGGUUUUGCUUUCCUCACCGUGGUAAUCUCUCUCUGACAGUCUUUUUCAUCUUCUGAAAAUCGCGAGCUGGGAAAAGUUUCUCUCCGGUUGUUGCGAUUCUGAAGCUGCCUUUCCAAGAGUUGAACCUUUUCUCGCCGCGUUAGAUUUCAGUGGUGAGGAUGUCGACUCCUUCAAGAAAGAGACUGAUGAGGGAUUUCAAGAGGUUGCAACAAGAUCCUCCAGCGGGUAUAAGUGGUGCCCCUCAAGACAAUAAUAUUAUGCUAUGGAACGCCGUCAUAUUUGGACCUGAUGAUACUCCAUGGGAUGGAGGUACGUUUAAAUUGACACUACAGUUUACAGAGGAUUAUCCGAAUAAGCCGCCAACAGUGCGCUUCGUUUCUCGAAUGUUCCAUCCUAAUAUUUAUGCAGAUGGAAGCAUCUGUUUGGAUAUUUUACAAAAUCAGUGGAGUCCCAUUUAUGAUGUAGCAGCUAUACUUACCUCUAUUCAGUCAUUGCUCUGUGACCCAAACCCGAACUCUCCUGCAAAUUCAGAAGCGGCGCGGAUGUUUAGUGAGAACAAGCGUGAAUACAAUAGGAGAGUCCGUGAGAUCGUCGAGCAGAGUUGGACUGCUGAUUAAUUUAUCCUUGCUCAGAUGCUAUGAAACUCUAAAGAUUAGUUGAAGUGGCUUGUUUUAAUAACAUUCGAGACUUUUGAAAACCAUUUUGCUGCGAACACAUCGACUCUGAUGUCUGAUUAUGUGGAAUGUUUGUUUUGCUUUCCUUUCACGGCGUGUUUGGCUCUCCCGUCAUGUAUUUUUCUUCCAAUUAGCUUUAAAUAGAAGAAAAAGUUUUUUCUUUUCUCAAAA